AUGACAGUUCAGAAAACAGAACCAGGUCAAUCCUCUGUCGAUGAAUCUAUCGCUACCGAGCCGAAUGACAUCAAAGCGGUUCCCAAGCUUUUGAAGGAAAUUACCCAGGCUUUUGAUAUUUUCACUACCAGCAAUGUAGGCCGGCAAGACUUACUUGCCAAAUGCCGCACCUUGGUUCAAGCCCUGGAGACUCCUCGAGAGACCAUGAUUUAUCAUUGUUGGGCACAGACUGGUGCCAUUGCUGGUCUGAACUUUGGUGUGGACUCCGGUCUGUGGAAACUCAUGGCGCAAAACGGUGACAAGCCACAAAAGGUCGGCGAACUGGCAGCGGAGCUUGGGAUUGAUCAUGUGCUCUUGAGCCGUCUGAUGCGACACCUGAGUGCUAUGGGGUAUCUCGUCGAGAUUGGUGUGGACGAGUACAGGUUGACAAAUUUCACGAAGGCGAUGAGCAUUCCGGUGAUUGGCAAUGGCUACCUCGCCAUGCUCUCCUGCACAAGUGCAGGUCCCAUGAGAUUUCACGAAUACUCCCGAAAGCGAGGUUGGGUGAAUCCCACGGAUGCGAAAGACACUGCAAUGAUGUAUGCCUACGGAACCACCAUGGAUACCUUUGCGUGGCAGCAAUCUCUGGGUUAUGGUACACACUUUAAUGACCAUAUGAGGGGCUAUGCCUUUGGAUCUUUGCCUUGGAUGGACGAUAAUUUCUAUCCAGUGAAAGAAAGACUAAUUGACGAUGCUGAGACUGACCCCGAUGCUCCGUUUCUCGUCGACAUUGGCGGCAACGUGGGCCAUGACUUGGAGCUAUUCCACAGAUUCUAUCCCAUUGUCCCGGGGAAGCUGAUCCUUCAAGAUUUACCCGUGGUGAUAGGCCAAAUACAGAACCUGGAUCCGUCUGUUCUCCGUAUGGAGUACGACUUCCAUACGAAGCAGCCCGUCAAAGGCGCCCGGGCAUAUUAUAUGCAUAACAUUUUGCACGACUGGCCAGACGAUGUAUGCGAGAAAAUUCUUGCGCAAGUCAAAGCUGCAAUGAAGCCCGGAUACAGCAGGCUAUUGAUUCAUGAGCAUGUGAUACCGGAGACAGGUGCCUACUGGGAAGCCACAGCACUCGACAUGGUCAUGUUGACACUCCUUUCGGCCCAUGAACGCACUCAUGCAGCUUGGUAUAACCUCAUUGAGAAGAGGGCAGGCUUUAAUAUCGACAAGAUCUGGAGUGGUGGAAAGGGUUCUCAAUGCCUGAUUGAAUGUGAACUGCCAAUUAAUGUAGUCAAUUAA